UUUACUGCGUUUAACGUGUUCAUUAGAAUGUUAACUUUUAGUAUAAAAACAGCUUUCCAAGUACAGCUUAUAGCAUUAUGCGGGAUAAUUGCCGUGAAUACCAUCAUUAUUGAACUCGAACCACAGGUGAAAGUAUCGCAACAAGGUGAAAUUUUGCGCCGUUCUAUAAGCGUGGAUGAAAAUCCACAAAAUUUCCAUGAAGUCGAUGCCUUUGGAGAUGACUACGUUGACUUUGGCGCAAGGACUGGUUCUGAUGGAGCAUUCUUUUGGCAUGCCAACUAUCCGGUAGAAGAACGAAAAGAGAGAAGCUUCGAACGCUACGAAAGUAAUUCCAACGAGAAAAACGAGUUUGAUUACCAUCUUGAAGAUGAAUUAGAUAAUAAAUAAAGAAGAAAACCACUUA